ACUUGGGGUUAUUUAUUUAGGAAGCGCCCGGACCGCAGGGGUUGGCGGUAGUGUCAGUGGCGGCGGCGGCGGCGGCGGCAGUGGCUGCCGCAGACUGUGGUUUGAAAAAAAAAAAAAAAAGGCGGAGACAGCGGCGGCCACCGCAGUAGCGGCAGCAGCGGCAGCGAGUGAUGGGAGCGCCGCGGCUCCCGGGCGCAGGCCGGAGCUGCCGCGCGUUGCCGACACGGCGGGAGCGCUGAGGAGAAAGGGGAGCGUCCCGGGGCCCGCGGCCGGCGCCAGAGGCGCGGGACGGGUUUUUGUUUGGCCGCGCUCAGCGCCGGGCAGCCGGAGAGAACAACUCCAGUUACAGCAACAACCCACCUUCCCUUCAGCCAAAGGAGACUUAGACUGCUGCGUCUGUCCUAUUGUUUAGACACUUGCCAGGGACUCCGGAGUCAACAGCGAGUCCCUGUUCUCUGUCUCCGUCUUCCCUCACCUUCCCUUCCCUCCCCGGAGCGAGCAGGAGGCACGGAAAGCAGCCGGGAGAGGGGAAGAGGCUGGAAGGUACCGGCUGCCCGGGACUGCGGCCGCCGAGUCAGGUGCAGCGCCAGGAGCCGGGCGGCGUCGAGACGUCGGGCUCCCACUGUGGCGGUGGGGGACGAGAUUCAAAGCCUUGGAAAAGUUCCUGCACUUUGAGAAGGAGGAUCCACUUGUGGGAGGCUGCCGAGGGGCGGCUGAGCGCUGCGCCCGCCAGGAGCAGGCUCCAGUUUCCUCCACCUUUACCAUCAGGUGUCUGCUGCGGAGCUGUGGCGUAUCCGGGAGACCAGAGGAGCUGAUACUCACGAACACACACGACUGCCUUUCAGCUGCGCUUGGGCUGUGCCCGGAGUAACGGAUCCCAUCCGCCCGCCUGCCACCACCUAGUCAUUCUCCAGGACACCCCGCAGGACCUGGGUGCCCCUCCUUGGCCUUGGCCUCUGCUUCCCCCUCCUUCCGGCCGGCCCGCCCCAGCCAGUCCCACCCAGUCUUCUCAGGAGCUUUAGUCCUCAACUUGGCCUCUUGGAUUUUCUCUGCUGCGGUGCUCACUAGUGGAUAUUCCUGCCUGGCUUCAGUGGUUCCACUGCCCUUUUGUCUUUUCUGCGUGACCUCGGGGCAGGCCCUGCUGCAGAGCGUCGCCAAGGACGCCGGCCAGGAGGCGGGUUUGCCUACCAUCCUUCAGCGACGUGCAUGUGUGUUUGCAAACCUUUCUCUGCUGUCUGGAGAUCUCGAGGACCGGUCCGGGCUACUACAGAGCCGCGGGCUGGGGAGAGGCCUGGAGAGUGAGAGGAGCCCGCUGAACCGCAGCGCCACCCCGCGCCCCCGGGCUGCGCGUCUGCCCUGUGCGCCCUCCGCGCGCCAUGCCCAGUAGCCUGGCGCGCUCGGCUCUGCGCCCGUGGCGCUCCUGCGCCUUCUAGCUUCGGAGAGUCCACUUAGGAGCCACCAUUCCUAUUGAGCUCCCAUCUUCUGCCUCGUACUCUCCUCUCUGGAAUCGGAUUUGCAGAGGGGUGCUUGUGAUCAGAAACCACCCCCUCAGUCCCUGCAUAUUUGCGAUCGUUGGGAACUCCAGCUCUUUUACCGCCAAGUUGAUCCUUGUGAGACAGAGCACGCCGUAUCUCCUCCCCGCUGCUCUCCAGUCUCCUUGCAGCCUGGGCCAGGACGACUGAUCUUCAGGACUUAAAGUUGCCCGAGGAGCUCCCUGACCUGCUCGAGGGGGAGGGGGUGGAGAGGGAGGUGGAAGACCUGUGCCUGGGAGGGCUCCAGAGCCUUGAAUAUUAUCAGUUUCAUAUUAUUUUGUGGACAUUUCCCCUGGCACUCUGGGCUGCUAGCCCCGCACCUGGUACGCGGCCUCAGACACUGCGCGGUUUCCUCGGAGCAACCAGCUAAAGAAAAACCCCACGGCGCCAGCAAGGGAGGAGGCGGAGGAGGAAGAUGCGCGGCGCUGGCUGGCAGACGCUGUCCCUGUCGCUGGGGUUAGUGCUGACUGUCCUGACCGAGGUGGCGCCGCAGGCGUGCCCCGCGCAGUGUUCCUGCUCCGGCAGCACAGUGGACUGUCACGGGCUGGCGCUGCGCAGUGUGCCCAGGAACAUCCCCCGCAACGCCGAGAGACUGGAUUUGAAUGGAAAUAACAUCACAAGGAUAACCAAGACGGAUUUUGCUGGCCUGAGACACCUACGGGUUCUUCAGCUAAUGGAGAAUAAGAUUAGCACCAUUGAAAGAGGAGCAUUCCAGGAUCUUAAAGAACUGGAGAGACUGCGUUUAAACAGAAACCACCUUCAGCUGUUUCCUGAGUUGCUGUUUCUUGGGACUUCGAAGCUCUACAGGCUAGAUCUCAGUGAAAACCAAAUUCAGGCAAUCCCGAGGAAGGCUUUCCGUGGAGCAGUUGACAUUAAAAACUUGCAACUGGAUUACAACCACAUCAGCUGUAUUGAAGAUGGGGCAUUUAGGGCUCUCCGGGACCUGGAAGUGCUCACUCUCAACAAUAACAACAUUACGAGACUUUCUGUGGCAAGUUUCAACCAUAUGCCUAAACUUAGGACUUUUCGACUCCAUUCCAACAACCUGUAUUGUGACUGUCACCUGGCCUGGCUCUCCGACUGGCUUCGACAGAGGCCUCGGGUUGGCCUGUACACUCAGUGCAUGGGCCCCUCCCACCUCAGAGGCCAUAAUGUAGCUGAGGUUCAAAAACGAGAAUUUGUCUGCAGUGGUCACCAAUCAUUUAUGGCUCCUUCCUGUAGCGUUCUGCACUGCCCUGCUGCUUGCACCUGCAGCAACAAUAUCGUAGACUGUCGUGGGAAAGGUCUCACUGAGAUCCCCACGAAUCUGCCAGAGACCAUCACGGAAAUACGUUUAGAACAGAAUUCAAUCAAAGUCAUUCCUCCUGGAGCUUUCUCGCCAUAUAAAAAGCUGAGAAGAAUCGACCUGAGCAAUAAUCAGAUUUCUGAACUGGCACCAGACGCUUUCCAAGGGCUACGCUCUCUGAAUUCACUUGUCCUGUAUGGAAAUAAAAUCACAGAACUCCCCAAAAGUUUAUUUGAAGGACUGUUUUCCUUACAGCUACUAUUAUUGAAUGCCAACAAGAUAAACUGCCUUCGAGUUGAUGCUUUUCAGGAUCUACACAACCUGAACCUUCUCUCCUUAUACGACAACAAGCUGCAGACCAUCGCCAAGGGGACCUUCUCACCUCUUCGGGCCAUUCAAACUAUGCAUUUGGCCCAGAACCCUUUUAUCUGUGACUGCCAUCUCAAAUGGCUGGCGGACUAUCUCCAUACCAACCCCAUCGAGACCAGUGGUGCCCGCUGCACCAGCCCCCGCCGUCUGGCGAACAAAAGAAUCGGACAGAUCAAAAGCAAGAAAUUCCGUUGUUCAGCUAAAGAACAGUAUUUCAUUCCAGGUACAGAAGAUUAUCGAUCAAAAUUAAGCGGAGACUGCUUUGCAGAUUUAGCUUGCCCCGAAAAGUGCCGCUGUGAAGGGACCACCGUAGAUUGCUCCAAUCAAAAACUCAACAAAAUUCCAGAUCAUAUCCCCCAGUACACUGCAGAGCUACGUCUCAAUAAUAAUGAAUUUACAGUGUUAGAAGCCACAGGAAUCUUUAAGAAACUUCCUCAGUUGCGGAAAAUAAACUUUAGUAACAAUAAGAUCGCAGAUAUUGAGGAGGGAGCAUUUGAAGGAGCAUCUGGUGUCAAUGAAAUACUUCUUACGAGCAACCGUUUGGAGAGUGUUCGGCAUAAGAUGUUCAAGGGAUUGGAAAGCCUCAAAACUUUGAUGCUGAGGAGCAAUCAAAUAAGCUGUGUGGGGAAUGACAGUUUCAUAGGACUAGGUUCUGUACGUUUGCUCUCUCUCUAUGAUAAUCAGAUUACCACAGUUGCACCAGGGGCAUUUGAUACUCUCCAUUCAUUGUCGACUCUAAACCUCUUGGCCAAUCCUUUUAACUGUAACUGCUACCUGGCAUGGUUGGGAGAGUGGCUCAGGAAGAAAAGAAUCGUCACGGGAAAUCCUCGAUGUCAGAAACCGUACUUCCUGAAAGAAAUUCCCAUCCAGGAUGUGGCCAUCCAGGACUUCACUUGUGAUGAUGGAAAUGAUGACAAUAGUUGCUCCCCACUCUCUCGCUGUCCAACGGAAUGUACUUGCUUAGAUACAGUCGUCCGAUGUAGCAACAAGGGUUUGAAGGUCUUGCCCAAAGGAAUUCCAAGAGAUGUCACAGAGUUGUAUCUUGAUGGAAACCAAUUUACACUGGUUCCAAAGGAACUCUCUAACUACAAACAUUUAACACUUAUAGACUUAAGUAACAACAGAAUAAGCACCCUUUCCAAUCAGAGUUUCAGCAACAUGACCCAGCUGCUCACCUUAAUUCUUAGUUACAACCGCCUGAGAUGUCUUCCUCCUCGAACCUUCGAUGGAUUGAAGUCUCUUCGAUUACUUUCCCUACAUGGAAAUGACAUUUCUGUUGUGCCUGAAGGUGCUUUCAAUGACCUCUCUGCACUGUCACAUCUAGCGAUUGGAGCCAACCCUCUUUACUGUGAUUGUAACAUGCAGUGGUUAUCCGACUGGGUGAAGUCGGAAUACAAGGAACCCGGAAUUGCCCGUUGUGCUGGUCCUGGAGAAAUGGCAGAUAAACUAUUACUCACAACUCCCUCCAAAAAAUUUACAUGUCAAGGCCCUGUGGAUGUCAAUAUUCUAGCUAAAUGUAAUCCCUGCCUCUCAAAUCCAUGUAAAAAUGAUGGCACCUGUAACAGUGAUCCGGUUGACUUUUAUCGGUGCACCUGUCCUUAUGGUUUUAAGGGACAAGACUGUGAUGUCCCAAUUCAUGCAUGUAUCAGUAACCCAUGUAAACACGGAGGAACUUGCCACUUAAAAGAAGGAGAAAAAGAAGGAUUCUGGUGUGUUUGUGCUGAUGGGUUUGAAGGAGAAAAUUGUGAAAUCAAUGUUGAUGAUUGUGAAGAUAAUGACUGUGAAAAUAAUUCUACCUGUGUUGAUGGAAUUAAUAACUACACAUGCCUUUGCCCACCUGAGUAUACAGGUGAGCUGUGUGAGGAGAAGCUGGACUUCUGCGCACAGGACCUGAAUCCCUGCCAGCAUGACUCCAAGUGCAUUCUGACACCCAAGGGAUUCAAAUGUGACUGCACGCCAGGAUACAUAGGCGAGCACUGCGACAUCGAUUUUGAUGACUGCCAAGACAACAAGUGUAAAAACAGAGCCCACUGUAGGGACGCGGUAAACGGCUACACGUGCAUCUGCUCCGAGGGUUACAGUGGUUUGUUCUGCGAGUUUUCUCCUCCCAUGGUUCUCCCCCGCACCAGCCCCUGUGAUAAUUUUGAUUGUCAGAACGGAGCUCAGUGCAUCAUCAGGAUAAACGAGCCGAUCUGUCAGUGCCUGCCCGGCUACCAGGGGGAGAAGUGUGAAAAACUGGUCAGUGUGAAUUUCAUAAACAAGGAGUCUUAUCUCCAAAUUCCUUCAGCCAAGGUCCGGCCUCAGACAAACAUCACACUUCAGAUUGCCACAGAUGAAGACAGCGGGAUCCUCCUGUAUAAGGGGGACAAAGACCAUAUUGCAGUGGAACUCUACCGGGGCCGCGUCCGAGCCAGCUAUGACACCGGCUCUCAUCCAGCUUCUGCCAUUUACAGUGUGGAGACCAUCAAUGAUGGGAACUUCCACAUUGUGGAACUUCUCGCCCUGGACCAGAGUCUCUCUUUGUCUGUGGAUGGCGGGAGCCCCAAAGUCAUCACCAACUUGUCCAAGCAGUCCACUCUGAAUUUUGACUCUCCGCUGUAUGUAGGAGGCAUGCCUGGGAAGAACAACGUGGCAUCUCUGCGCCAGGCAUCCGGGCAGAAUGGCACCAGCUUCCACGGCUGCAUCCGGAACCUUUACAUCAACAGUGAGCUGCAGGACUUCCGGAAGGUGCCUAUGCAAACAGGCAUUCUUCCCGGCUGCGAGCCGUGCCACAAGAAGGUGUGUGCCCACGGCACGUGCCAGCCCAGCAGCCAGGCAAGCUUCACCUGCGAGUGCCAGGAAGGAUGGACGGGGCCCCUCUGUGACCAGCAGACCAAUGACCCCUGUCUUGGGAAUAAAUGCGUGCACGGCACCUGCCUGCCCAUCAACGCGUUCUCCUACAGCUGUAAGUGCCUGGAGGGCCAUGGGGGCGUCCUCUGUGAUGAAGAGGAAGACCUGUUCAACCCCUGCCAGGCGAUCAAGUGUAAGCACGGGAAGUGCAGGCUCUCAGGACUCGGGCAGCCCUACUGUGAAUGCAGCAGUGGAUACACGGGAGACAGCUGUGAUCGAGAAAUCUCCUGCCGAGGAGAACGAAUAAGAGAUUAUUACCAAAAGCAGCAGGGCUAUGCCGCCUGCCAAACAACCAAGAAGGUCUCCCGAUUGGAGUGCAAAGGUGGGUGUGUGGGAGGGCAGUGCUGUGGACCUCUGAGGAGCAAGCGGCGGAAAUAUGCUUUUGAAUGCACUGACGGGUCCUCUUUCGUGGACGAAGUUGAGAAGGUGGUCAAGUGUGGCUGCACGAGGUGUGCGUCCUAAACGCACCCCUGGGCCACUCCGUCUUGGGGAAAAUGUUGUCUACUUCUUGACCAAGUUGGACUAAUGAAUGCUUCAUAGUGGAAAUAUUUGAAAUAUAUUGUAAAAUAUAGAACAGACUUAUUUUUAUUAUGAAAAUAAAGACUUUUUUUUCUGCAUUUGGGGAAAAAAAAAAAAAAGAAAUGCUUGAAUUAAAGCUUCCCCCACACUGGAGAAGUCUGAAAAAUCUUCGCCUGCAGGUACAACCAUGAUGGGAACCAUGGCCACACGGAUCCAUCCUUGUGACAUGCUGAAGACAAACAAAAGCACAUACGUAGACGCCAGGGUCAGAUGAGCUACUGUGCACUGAUGGGAAACUGCCCAGAUCAUAAAAGCCAUGUCACCUCCUCCACAUCGGUGACGUUCACUAGGACAUACCAAGCACAUGCGUGUGAAUGAGGAUGCAGGCAGGAGAAAGGAACUCUAGAAUUCACAGGUUGAACAAACAGAUGAGAGAUAUUUUGUCCAAAAUAUAAAGUGUCUUAAAGAUCUGGGUUUCAUUCAUGACUGGAAGUAAAAAAUAAAUUUUAUCUUCUUUUAAAUGUCAGCAUGUCAGCACAAGCAGCACACGGAAGUGUUUAUCUACCGUUUUCCAGUAUUAAUGUUUUUGUAAUAUAAAUGAUAAAGGAGAUAAUAAAGAACCAAUAGAUUAUUGAUAAAUAAACUAGUAAUAAUAUGAAUUUUUCUGCUUUCUAUGAGUUCUAAACAGCCCUAUACAGUAUUCAGUUUCCAUGAGAAAUAUUUAUUGUAUCAAAGUACAUUGUACUUAACAUUUUAGGCCAACCUUUUGCUGUUUCUCAAUUCUUUAAUAUAUAUUAAUUUAUAAUUAUCCUGAUAUUUUUGUAUAUUUUUUCAAAGUUAAAAAUCAGGAUUUUUUUUUUUUAUUUUGGCAAUAGUACUAACAUAGGAAUUUAUCUUGGGAUAAAUACGUGUUGGUCUGUUUGUCAACCUUGACAUUCGACCACUGGUGUCACUGACCUACUGGCCCCAUUCAGGACACCUGCAGAGUGUAGUCAACAUCCAAGAGAGAAAAACAAAAAUCUGUGUCUGAAAUGGUCAUUGUACAGAAAGAAAUGACCCCUCUUCAACUUGUCCUCACAGAAAAGAAGUGGUGUGUAGCAGUUGACACUAGAAAGUAGACCUUUUACAGAUUAAUAUUUCCUUGACCUUUUUUUACCCUUUUAUUAGGAGGUGGGGAGGAAAAGACUGUCAUGUCAAGAACUGUGAUUUUUUUUUCCAACGAUAAAACUCCUUUAUUGCCUUCAUGUCCCCAUGUUAACAUGUUUUGCUGCUAAAUUAUAAUGUAGAAUUGAUAAUGAUUUAUAGUGAACUGUGCUCUUCCCUCAUUAAAAUCCCAGGGUUCCCUGUAAAGAUGCAGAUGUUUCUUCCCAAGAACUUUUUUUACAAUUAGAUGUACAUGUAUAAUUCAGUGUGCUUCGUCUUUCUCCAGACUAAUAUCAGUUACUCUGCUGAUGUUUGUAAAUUAAACAGAUAUUUACUUCA